UGGCUGGUUUCUUUUGAUAUUUUCAAUGUAUUUCAUAUUGAAAAUAAAUCACAUUUAUUCGUAAAGAUUUUGAGUGUUCAUAUAUAUUACAACUAACUUCUCGGUGUAUAUUUAUUUCAGUGUACAACACUGGUUAAGGAUAUUCUUUAUAAUGUAAUUUUACAUAAUCAGCUUCGAACUCUUAAGUGAUAUUCGUCGAAUUCGAUAUCAUGGGGUAUUCCAACACCACGUGAUGCUAUCGAAUGGUCACAUUGACAAACAGUGUUUAAACUAACACUGCUCGCUUCGCUUUUCGUAUUGUCACUUCGCAGACACCAAAUAAUUUGUGCAAAAUGACUCCACCAUUAGUUCCUCAUAUCGUGGGCGAUGAUGAUGAUUCCGAAGAAACUAUGAAAAAUGGUCAAGAGAGUGACGGGAAUUCGAACGACACUGUUUUGAACAGCGGACAGGAGGACUACGAAAGCUCAAACGAAGAUGGUGCGGAUUGGUCUAUGAAUGUAAUCUACUUAGCUGGAACACCGAAACGUGCUUGCAGUCCGUUAGAGAUUACCGAAAUUACUGAUGAUACACCAGCACCGAACCCGGUGCAGUCCACUUCGUUGAGCGUUCCGAAACGACUCUUCUCUUCUCGGGCUGAUUCUUGCGCUAUGGAAUCCAUUGGAGAACGUGUUUCCAGACGUCUAAGACAUAUUCGAAUCAUCGAAAACGGCAACACUAGUCCCCAAUCAUCUUCGGACGAACUAGAAUUGGGGCCCAAUGCUCAGCUGGCCAAGCCCCUGGAUGUCACUGGCUUCUUCCACCGCGUAUCUGCCAAUCUCGUCGAGCAACGUAUCUGUCUUAAGCCUUUUUUGGCUCUACGCAAGCGCAUCACUCGUAUGGUGACCCAAUCCUUGAACGAGUCCAAGCGAAUGCGCAAGUAGUACAACCGCUUAUAAUGCAUACAAAUGUAACCAAGUUAAUCCAAAGACUUAUAAAUUUGGGUUGAUCACUCAUGGAUAUCUUUGGUUAUAUUGGACUAAACACUCGGAAAAAAAUUAUAUAUCUACACAGUCAUCAACUUCAAUAUGACUUUCUUAGACUGACAAAGCAGACAGACUAUAGGACUGCAUUUUAAAUAUAUAUAUUUUUUUUAUUUAAAUUUGUGCUGAGAAAUAUUUAAUUACCUAUAAACAUUUGAGUGUUGAGAGAUCCCAAUCUUGCAUUCAAUAUGUAAAUAGAUUAAAUCGGAAGGUGUAUAUU